AUGUUUUCUGUAAUGCCAUCGACGCAACACAUGGAUUUGGCGCAAACCAUGGAAAUGGUGCAGUUCAUGGAAAUGGGUCAGCCUAUGGAAAUGGCGCAAACCAUGGAAAUGGUGCAGUUCAUGGAAAUGGGUCAGCCUAUGGAAAUGGUGCAGCCUAUGGAAAUGGUGCAGCCCAUGGAAAGGGUGCAGCUCAUGGAAAUGGGUCAGCAUAUGGAAAUGGUGCAGCCUAUGGAAAUGGUGCAGCCCAUGGAAAUGGUGCAGCCCUUGGAAAUGAUGCAGCCUAUGGAAAGGGUGCAGCCCAUGGAAAUGGUGCAGCCCUUGGAAAUGAUGCAGCCCCUGGAAAUAGGUCAGGCCAUGGAAAUGGUGCAGCCCAUGGAAAUGGUGCAGCCCAUGGAAAUGGUGCAGCCCAUGGAAAUGGUGCAGCCCCUGGAUAUGGUGCAGCCCCUGGAUAUGGUGCAGCCCCUGGAAAUAGUGCAACCCGUGGACAUAGUGCAACCCGUGGAAACCGUCACCGCCCGAUUGGUUGAUGAAGAAAUCUGGAGAAAACUUGACCUACUGGGCACGGAAAUGAUUGUUACAAAAAAAGGAAGGUCAGUAUCAAGCUUUUGCGUUUCUUGGUGUUCGUUCAAAAAGAGUUUGAACCAUUUCAGAAACAAUUGAAUGAUUUUUUUAUUAAUGCAUUUUUUUUCAGAAACAUCUUUCCUAAGUUGGACUACAGAGUUGAAGGCCUCGAAGAUGACGGAUACUACAAAAUGUCUCUUUCGGUAAUCCGAGCUGACACCCACAGGUAUAUUUAUAUCAAAAGUUUUGACUCCUCUUCUAAAAUUUUCCACUUUAGACUAGCAAUGCGAACUUAUGAAACCAAGAAGUUUUUUUUUUCAGAUACAAGUAUUUAUCCGGAGAAUGGAGCGCUUGUGGCAACGGCGAAGCUAGAAACCCACAGAGAGAAGUUAUGCAUCCAGAAGGCGUCAAGAAAGGCAAGGACUGGGCCGCGAGCAUCGUCUCCUUCGCCAAAGUCAAGAUCACCAACAACGUCGCCGAUUCGAACGCGAUGAAUGUGAGUUCAUUUUUUCCUUUUUCAUCAUUUAUUUGUGAUUUUCAGAUCGUUCUUCAAAGCAUGCACCGUUACAUUCCAGUUUUGCAGGUCACUCGCGUUUUGUAAGUUAUUUCGAUUUUCUCGUAUCUUUCUUCAUUUAUUUUUUUUAUCAGUUUUCAAUUUUGUAAAUUUUUUCAGUGACCUCAGUGGAGAACAUGUGAGCGAAAUCCACCAAUUUCAGCUGGAGUUUACUUCCUUCUAUGCAGUCACUGCUUAUCAGGUUAUUUUUCUACUCAUUACUUUUUAUCAGUAUCGAAUUUAUAGUUCCUGUUACUGACUUUCGGCCUAAUAGAUUGAAACAUCAGAAAGUUCAAAUUGUUUAUUUUUGAAAUCUUAUUUCUGCGUCAAUAAAUUCAAAUUUUUGUUUCAGAAUCAAGAGGUGACGAACGAGAAAGUGAAGGAAAACAAGUACGCCAAAGGCUUCCGUCGCAACGGCAAGAACAGGCUGGAUUCGAGUCCGGAAGAGCCGCAGACGAAGCAGUGGUGUCCUCCGACGCAGCAAAUCGUGGAGAUUUCGGCACCGCUAACUGUCCAAAAUCAGCUUGGCUUUGCACCCGAGCAAGGUUUCAUGAACUACAGUCCUCCAUUCAUUCCUGCUCAAUUUCCUCCUCAUGCUCAAUACGCUAAUUUUACUCCUCCAAUGUCUGAAUUGGAAUCAACUUUUCAUUCGGAGGAGAACGUUCAGCCAAAUUCGUUUCACUUGCAAGCUUCUCACUUCCACCAUCCACACCCGAUGCCUUAUUAUAACUACCCAAACCCAUACUUUUUUAACAACUUCCACUAUUCAUACCAUCACUAAGUUGUUGCCACUUGCCUUUCUUCAUCACUGCCAUUGUGUCCCAAUAAAUCCUCAGAUCUUUUUUGUUGAAUGAGGGUUUCCUUUUUUGAAUGAGGGUUUCCUUUUUUGAAUCACUUUUUCUCUCUGAUCUCUUUCUUGGAUUCGUGAUUAUGGGUUUGAAUCGAUUCUCCAUCCUCAGUUUAUUUUCUCAAAAUCCGUCAUUGAACGAUUUGUUCACUUCAGCUCAUAUAUCUAUUUUUUAAAUACCGAUCAGGUUUUAUGCUUUAUAUAUAAAAGCUUUUAGUUGAUUUUUGAUAUCAAUAAUUUGCUUUUUUUUCUUUAUUCUCCAUAUUUUCAAUGUAAAAGCCAACCCUUGCAUGCUUGUAUUUCUGUUAUGUUUUCUCAUUGUCCGCACUUUGAAUACUGGCUCAAUCUUCGUCAAACUUUUAGGUUUUUCUUCUCUCCCAGAUUUAAACUAUCUAUGUUGCAUUGCAAAUUGCCAUUAGAGUUCGUGUCAAAAUUGUGUGAUUUUUUGUCACUUGGACCCAAAAAUAAAUAACGCCAGUAAUCCGUCUUUUACCACAUGAAAACCACAAAAGCAAUUCCAAUAAAAAAACUGAAAAUGUCUCGAGGAUCUAUUCCUGAUUCGCUUUUUUUUACUGAACAAAGUAGUUCUCCAAAUGUUCCUUUCAAAAAACUUCGUACAGUUUUAACGAUUCCAGUGCAAAAGAUGAGUGAAGGCUGCAGUUUUAUCAAACAAAUUAACGUGGCCGAGUAAACAAAAAGCUGAAUAAUGACCGCUAGAUAUAAAAAGUAGCACGCGCUUUUUUGACCAAUAUAGAGCUUGGUGCGAGUUUUUCUUAUCAUUUUCGAUUCCUUUAUAAAACUCUCAUCUUUCUUUUUUUAAUUUCAGAAUAAAAAAAUGGUUCUAGCGAUAGUUAUGAUAGCUUUCGCAACAAUUUUUUUAUAUUGUAUUGGAAACAAAUUUAUACGCUGAUUUUUGGUUAGUGUUAAUUCUUUUUAGGGAUUGGAAAAAUUCUGCUUACAGGAAAGAAGAAGAAUGAUAAAAUAUAUUGAUAGUAUACCCGGACCGUACUCAAUUCCAAUUUUAGGAACAGCGUGGCAAUUCAAAUGGAACAUGAAAGGUAUUCGAAGCAAUUCAAUUCGUUCUUUUCUGAAUCAAUCGAAAAUAAAAUAAAUAAGAAACAUUAAAGUUUCAGUUUGAACUUUUAUUUUGACUGAAGGUCCUUAUCAUCUUUUUUCACGUGCAAAAGACAUUAUCAGAUGUUCAGAGCAAUGGAAAGUAGAAAAGAUCGAUAAAAGAAGUAAAAACCAAAACAAUUUUUCAACAAAGUUUCAUUCAAAAAAAUUUUUUUAAGUUAAAAAUUUUUACUUCAACGUUCAGUGUAAAUAAUUUCUCGUUUUUAUUUGACAGAAAAAAAGACAUAAAAAUUCUUAUUUUCCUACCAAAAAGCCUGAAAUUUUGGUAUCAUAGUGAAAUGCUGUGGCUUUAUUGUUUUAUGAAGUUUAGAAGAAAAAAAUUGAAAAAAGUUUUUGCCAAACUCAAAAAAACUUAGAUGAUAAUAAUCGAAGAUUCAUGUGAUUUCUAGACCUUGUCAUCCAACUUCGUGGUUGGGGAUUGUUUUACGCCAGCAAAGGGCAUGGAAUGCUCCGACUAUGGAUUGGCUCUCGACCAAUAAUUGUCGUUAUCAGGCCUGAAUUGGCCAAGGUCUUAGAAAUCUUCAGCUCGGAAGUAUUAUUUCUAUUUCAGAUAGUACUGGAGAGUUCUGAACUUAUCACUAAAGGACCCGAAUACAACGUUUUGAUUCCAUGGCUCGGAACAGGGCUUCUGAUUUCUUCCGGUAUUAUAAAUUUUGAAAAUGCUUUCUUAUUGAUAUGAACUCAGGAGAAAAAUGGAGACAUAGACGCAAAGUAUUGACGCCUUCUUUCCAUUUCAACAUUUUAAGCAGCUUCCAGCCUGUGUUUGACUAUCAAGCUAAAGUUUUUCCACAUAUGAUCUUUCAAAUUUGUGGAUUUUGACAAACAGAUAUUGCUAGAGCAAUUGUUACCUAUGGCAGAAGGGAACAUCUUUUUUGACGUGUUUCCUUACGUCAAAAGAUGUGCUCUUGAUAUUAUUUGCGGUGAGGCGAAAUCGAAUCGAUAACUAUUGUUUUUUGCUCUAGAAACAACGAUGGGAUGGGCUGUUGGCGCACAAACCAAUCAUUCGCAUCCUUAUGUCCUGGCUGUACGUGAAAUGAACUCUUUGGCUUUCAAACAUGAGCGAAUGCCUUGGCUCAAGGUCAAUAUGAUAAGGCAAGUGUGCAGAAAUGGCUUCAAAUUUGUUUGCAGUUAUUUGAGCGGCUUUCAAAGCGAUUUCAACAAGAACUUGAAGAUAGUUCGAGAGUUCACCGACAAUGUGAGCGGAAAAAACAUUCUAUUGUUUUAAAUAGUUUCAGGUUAUCAAAGCACGCAUGGAAGAGCACCAAAAGUAUGGUCACCAUACAGACGGGAAAAGGGCUUUUCUAGAUCUUCUUCUCGAGGUGGGGCUAUCUAAUUGUGAAGAAGUCAGAAAAGUUCAGAUGAACGAGGAGAAUUUAUUUUCAUAUGAAGAUAUUCGAGAGGAAGUAGACACUUUCAUGUUCGCUGGACAUGACACUACUGCGGCUGCUCUCGGAUGGGCUCUGUGGUGUUUGGCUCAUAAUCCAAACUGUCAGAUGAUGAUUAGGAAAGAACUUGACGACCUUUUCGGUAGCUCAAAUCCGGAUUAUUCUUUUGAAAGAAUGUUCCCAGACGGUUCUCUUCGUGAAUGUACUUCCGACGAUUUGAAGCGUAUGAGGUAUCUAGAAAAGUGCGUGAAAGAGGCUUUACGAAUACGUCCUUCAGUCCCGAACUUUGCGAGAUUUGUUGAAAAAGAUUUUUGUCUAGGUACCUAAGUCUCCCCUUUUGAAAAAACAAAUCCCAUUUUUUUAGAUGGACAUAUCAUUCCCAAAGGAGCUUCUAUAAUAGUUUCGCCACAAAUGAUACACUGCAACUCGAAAGUAAAAACUCAAAAAAUGAUCUCGUGAAUAUCGGCCGAACUUCAGGUUCACGAAAAUGUCGACGUUUUUGAUCCAGAGAGGUUCAGUGAAGAGAACAGUUCUAAAAGACAUCCCUAUGCUUACAUUCCUUUUAGCGCUGGUCCAAGAAAUUGCAUAGGUACAGUGAAACUCAACAACCAAAGUCAUUCAACUCGUAUUAUACAAUUUUUUCGAAGUAUACCGAGAAAAAUGUCAUUCAACUCGAAAAUUCACCGAAAGAAAAAAGAUAUUUAUCUAAUUUUUAGGCCAAAAGUUUGCAAUUCAAGAAGUUAAAACGGUGCUGUCCUGGAUAUUCCGUUAUUUUGAGGUUACUAAGAGGUGCUGAAUGAGGCUCCGAAAUUUUUUUCAUUUUCAGGUCAGCGCUGAAAUAGAUUUUUUUGAUAAUUUGCCGCUUCCCGAAGUCAUUGUCCGACCGGAGCACGGAUUCCCACUCAAGCUUCAUAAGAGAAAUGAAUUGGAGCUACCGAAAUCUGCCAAUUGA